GGGUCACCCAUACACCAGAGAAAAUUUCGCCUCCAGUCCAGACAAGAGUCUCACAAUCUCACGGCGUCAUAGUGGAGGUCGGAUAGUUCAAAGCUUCGAUCAGUCACAUCCAUGGCUGCAAAUCGUACUUCCGCUUCCUCUAAAUCCACAACCACUCAAAUCGACUUAAACACUACCACCACCACCACCAAAACUAAGACGAAAAGGAAAUCGAAGCCGAAGCCGAAGCCGAAGUCGAUUCAGGAUGAGUCAACUCGCCCCCAAACACCCAAAAAAAAUCAACUCAAUCCUUCUUCUUCUUCCUCAACUCCCAAACGCACAAAAUCUCCAGGUGUUCGCGUCGUUGGUAACAGAAUCUACGAUUCCAAAAAUGGAAAAACUUGUCACCAGUGUCGACAGAAAACCAUGGACUUUUCGGUGACCUGCACCAACCAGGGCGAUAACAAGAAGCAAUGCCCACUUAAUGUAUGUCAAGCAUGUCUUCUAAACAGAUAUGGAGAGAAUGCGGAAGAAGCUGCGGCAUCGGCUGAUUGGAAAUGCCCCAGAUGUAGAGGAAUUUGUAAUUGCAGUUUUUGCAUGAAGAAGAGUGGUCGUAUUCCAACUGGGACGCUUGCUCAUACUGCUAAAAAAAACGGGUAUUCAUCGGUUUCCAAUCUUUUAAACAUUAAAGGCUCCACACUGGUGAAAAGAGCUGAUGGUGGCUCACGAAAAAGGCAAAAGGUUUCUGAUAAUAAGGAACCAAAAGAUGAACUGGAAACAAAAGUGAUGAAAGAAGAAGUUGAUCUCGAAAGUGAGGAUGAAAAAGACGCGAUUGAGGACAUGAAUGAAGGUCAUAAAGUGGAGAUUCAACUACCACAAGGCACCGAGUUAACCAAUCUAGCAGGCAUUGACAUGCCUUCAGGAGACAUUGGACAUGCUUUGCAGUUAUUAGAAUUCUGUGAAACUUUUGGAGAGGUUUUUGAGGUAAAGAAAGGGCAACCUGAAAUUAUACUUCGCGAAUUGACAUGCGCGGAUGCACAUAAAACACAUGAAGCGUUAAUUGUUCAGUUCCAUAUUAGAUUGCUCUCUUUAAUAGAAGAAGAUUCGGGAAUAAAAUAUUCAGGAAAAUCAUGGGAGGAGGAUUUUAAAGAGUGUAUUACUGAAUCCCAGAUUCUGUCACAAAAGAGUCUUGUGGAGUGUUUUAAUGAUUACAACGAAUUAAACUUUUCAAAAAAGCUCCGGCUUUUGAACUUUUUAUGUGAUGAAGCCCUUUGCACUGCAAAGAUGAGAUUGUGGAUUGAAGAACAAAAUGUGGUGGAGAAGAAGAAAGCAAAAGAGAAGUUGAGUGCUAAUCGUGAGAAGGAGAAAAACAUGAAGAAAAAGAUACAAGAUGAGGUGGCAAAAACUAUACUUUCAAGUAAUGGUGUCCCACUUUCCAUUUCUGAACAAAAAGAUCUUCUUUUAAAGAUCAAGGCUGAAACUGCUCAAACCCUUGCUAAUUCUUUGGAUUUGAGAGAGGUGCCUCGUGAAUCGUAUAUAGUUAGAUUGGAACCUGAACUUUUGGACAGAAAUGGAUGCAAACUUUGGAGAUUGAAGGGUUAUUCUGAUAAAAUUGGCAUCUUGCUUCAAGAUUCUUGUUGUGGAGAUGCAAUUAUUUCUGAUGAAAAAUGGUUCUUUUAUAAUGAUCAAGACAAGGCAUUGGUUGACAAGUAUAUUUCUCCAUUUAGAAACUUUAGAGAAUGAUUGGAAGUUAUUCUUCGUGUUGUCGUGCGCCCAUUCUACACCAAAUAUAACAAUGAAUAUUACUUAUGUUUGCCUUCUUCUUUUUUUUUUUUAAUGAAAAAACUUGUUACAAAGUGGAUGUUUGGAUAUAAAUGCAGCAUCUGUUUUUAUAAAAUUGUAGUAGUCAUGCAUCAUAUGAACAUUUUAGGCUCUCUAGUUUCUGGAGGAUAGUCGAGUUUUUGUAUGUUAUAUGAUGUUUUCGUCUA